UUGAAUCUGCUAUGGUAUUAAGCAUUGAUUAUAAUUGUCAAAGCAUUUUUUGACCACGCUUAUAUGCAGUUUUAUAGCAGUUAUUUUGCUCACUCAAAAAGUAGUUUUGUCUUUGAAAAUCGAGACAAUUAUUUGCACAACAAUAAUUCAAGUUGUUUUAAAAUUAGCUUACCUCUUCUGAUAAUUAUUCGCAUCGUUCAUUAAAACGUGUGGUUUUUUUGUUAUAACUGAGAGCAGUUAAACCUCUUUGAUUAAUUUUGAUGAGUUUGACGAGUUAAUUGAGUGAUAAUCAGUCUGACUGUGAUAGUGGCCUGGUUAAUUUUGGAUUUCAAUUUUUAAAAAAUUUCUUUUGUAGCGAGCCGAGCAGUUACUGUGAUUCAGUGCAGAGAAAUGCCUCGAAGCCGACUGCAUACCCCGAGCACGGAUAAGGAUGGCAACUGGUAUAAAAUGCGCGGGCAUUGUGCCGACGGCCCACUGUUCCGAUGGGAGACAGUGUCAGGUCAGAUGUUGAAUGACGUGAACAAACUGCACAGACCCGUAACAGUGCCUACGACUACUGAGUUGCCGAUUAACUUCAACCGCCGCUACAGUCGGGACUUCUCUCUGUCGAAUAGAUUCUCAAUGCACGACAACCGGAACAGAACCCAAAACUUUGGACACUACUUUGACGAGAGAUUGGACCGGCAAUUGUACCCCUCGAUUGACGCUCACAACUCACAAGCAGAUCCAGCAUUCUGGUACUCCACUCCCGCGGGACGAAGACAGACUAUGGACACCACCCAUCGGUACUCUUAUCGCGACAGGAAUCUCAAAGAGUCCAGAAGCAACUCCAGAACCGGAAACUCCAGACCCUGGUCGUCUUCGAACUACAAAGCAACGGCUGGUGUUAUUACUCAGCACAAUAAAGAGUUGAAAAUCAACCGACGGUUUCCGAGAAACCAUCUCGAACCAGAAGAGGGUUUGAAAGAAUUAGACACGCAUGUGGCGUAUCCGAAUAAACCACAUAGAACGUUUCUGCAGACGUUGUGUUCAACUCAAGAGCCCUUCCUGAAGAAGAAUAGCUGGAAGUACUCUUACCAUGAUGUAAAAAUAUAAUGAGUUAGUUGUUGAAAAAAUCAAUAUUAUAAUCUAUUUUAAAUUGGGGCAAUGUUUUCUUUGAGAUCAAAUUUGGGAUCUCUGUAAAUUUUGACUGACUUCAACAACUCGCGUGAAUCUUUGAUUAAACAAUUGAUGACAAGCACAAAAGUAAAUAGGUCCAACA